UUCUAGGAUCUCCCCGCCUGCCCACGCCCUACCUGUGGCGCAAAGAGCUGUCUCCGCCCCCUCGAACCUGGGUGACCAGGGAGACUAGCGUUCGAGUGUGUCCUGGACACCAGGCGGCGGCGGUGGUCUGGGAGAAAGAAAUCCGGCGGCGGGGAGAGAAUCCUGCCCGGAGGCAGGGGGAAAGGCUAGCUGCCCCGCCUCCCUCCGCCAGAUUUCUUCGGGGAAGGAGCCGCCCGGCACCCGCCCCCAACUGGCCCAGCCGCGUGGAGCGUCGGGGAGCCCGAGAAGCAGCCGACCUGCCGAGAUGGAGGCGGCGGGCACCUGGGCGCUGCUGCUGCUGCUGGCGCUGCUGCUGCUGGCGCUGGCGCUGCCUGGGACCCGGACGCGAGGCCACCUGCCCCCUGGGCCCACGCCGCUGCCGCUGCUGGGGAACCUCCUGCAGCUCCGGCCUGGGGCGCUGUACUUGGGGCUCUUACGGCUGAGUAAGAAGUAUGGACCAGUGUUCACUGUGUACCUGGGACCCUGGCGGCGCGUGGUGGUCCUGGUUGGGCGUGAGGCUGUGCAGGAGGCCCUGAGAGGUCAGGCCGAGGCGUUCAGCGGACGGGGUUUGGUGGCAACACUGAACGGAACCUUUGAUGGCCAUGGGGUUUUCUUCUCUAAUGGGGAGCGAUGGAGGCAGCUGAGGAAGUUCACCACGCUGGCCCUGCGGGACUUGGGCAUGGGGAAACGAGAAGGUGAGGAGCUGAUCCAGGCGGAGGCCCGGUGUCUGGUGGAGGCGCUCCGGAGGACCAAAGGAAGGCCUUUUGACCCCUCACUGCUGCUGGCCCAGGCCACCUCCAACAUCGUCUGCUCCCUCGUCUUCCGCCUCCGCUUCCCCUAUGACGACGAGGAGUUCCAGGCCUUGGUCCGGGCGGCUAGUGGCAUCGUCGUGGGGGUCAGCUCCCCGUGGGCCCAGACCUACGAGAUGUUCUCACGGCUCCUGCAGCACCUCCCGGGCCCCUACACGCAGCUCCUCGGCCAAGUGGGCACUGUGGCUGCCUUCGCCACCCAGCAGAUACAGCGGCACCAGAGGAGCCUGGACGCCUCAGGCCCCGCACGCGACGUUGUGGAUGCCUUCUUGCUGAAGAUGGCAAAGGAGAAGCAAGACCCUAACACAGAAUUCACUGACAAGAACUUGCUGAUGACGGUCAUUUAUCUGUUGUUCGCCGGGACGGUGACAGUCAGCAACACGAUUCGCUACACUCUCCUGCUCCUGCUGAAAUACCCUCAGGUCCAAGAGCGAGUGCAGGCGGAGCUGACGCGGGAGCUGGGGCCCGGCCAGGCGCCAAGCCUGGGGGACCGAGCCCGCCUCCCCUACACGGACGCGGUUCUGCAUGAGGCACAGCGGCUGCUGGCGCUUGUACCCAUGGGAGUGCCCCGAGCCCUCGUCAAGACCACCCGCUUCCGGGGGUACACCCUGCCCCAGGGCACGGAGGUCUUCCCCCUCCUUGGUUCCAUCCUGCAUGACCCUGAGGUCUUCAAACAGCCCGAGGAGUUCAACCCAGGACGAUUCCUGGAUGCAGACGGAAAGUUCAAAAAGCACGAGGCCUUCCUGCCCUUCUCCUUAGGUAAGCGUGUCUGCCUCGGGGAGGGCCUGGCUCGGACCGAGCUCUUCCUCCUGUUCACCGCCAUCCUGCAGGCCUUCUCGCUGGGGAACCCGUGCCCACCGGGUGCCCUGAACCUCCAGCCGGCCGUCAGUGGCCUUUUCAACAUCCCCCAAGCCUUCCAGCUGCAAUUCCGGCCCCGCUGACCUCCACCCCACUCCACCGUGUGGACCGGAUGAAGAAGGGAAACUUGGGAGGUAGCAGCCUUGGCGGUUGCCAUGGACAUGGCUGUGUCUCCUGAGCCACACGCCUACACCACAGGCAGCCACUUUCGCACACCUGUAGCUGUUUUCUAGAGUCGGUCACACAUAUAUUCAGCCUACACAUGCACAGGGUCAUCAGACCACGCAACCACACACCCAGACACACCCACGAGGGCCACAAGGCAACUCGGCCACGCAGCUUUCUACUGACAAAUUUAGUCCAUCUGGAAUCACAACCACAUGCCCGGAUAACCCACCAACUCAUACACAGCACAGCUCCCCCGGACCCACAACCCACGCGUGGGGAUUCAGCUGCCGCCUUCACA